AUGAUUUCCCCCAGGCCCUUAUCCCCCACCGGUGACGUCACCGAUCGGAGUCGGACCCCCCGUCUCCGCCACCACGCGCAGAUCUCUCCUCCCACCCGCCGGCCGGCCGGCCGGCCGAACUCCUCCUCCCCGCAGCCGUCGCCGCCCUCCUCCUUUUCUCGCCCCAGCCACCGCGUGCCCGCCUGACCGCGAACCAGAGCGCCGCCGUCCCUCCCGCGCGGCAAGCGGCUAGGGUUUCGCCCGCGUCGCCUCCCACCUCCCGUCCCCGCCCAGGCCGCCAUGUUCCAGCUAGGCUCCGCCCCCGGGAAGGGCUUCUGGGCGCGGCACCGGUGGAAGAUGCUGCUCUCGCUGGGCGUCGCCGGCGCCGGCUACGCGGCCUACCGCUUCUACGACGCGCACCAGAAGCAGCUCGUCCGGGUGGAGCAGCGCGCCGAGGAGGAGCGCGCCGCCGACGAGAUCAUCAAGAAUCAGUUGGAAGCCCAUUUUGAGAAGGUGCAGAGGAUCUCGGAUACAACCACGCUGCCGUUUGCUAUGCACUACCUACGUUCGCGGGUAAUGGAGGAGCUGGAUAUUUCGCACCUGACCGAGAGGCUGCUGCAAGGGAAGGGCGAGCUGACGCCAGAGGACAAGUACGAGACCUGGGAGAAGAUCAAAAUUCUGAGUUUCACAAGGACAGUGUCUUCAAUGUGGGCCAUGACAUUGCUGAGCUUAUAUGUUAGAGUCCAGGUCACCAUAUUAGGCAGACAUCUCUACUUGGACUUUGCUCGUGGUACAGAUGGUGCUCAAUUGCAGGCGGAAUCUGAUACUUUUAGCGGCAAUGGACAUAAGGACUUUCUUGGAACUGCUGACUACCUUGCAACAUAUGGUAUCACUGCAUUGAUCAGGCAAAUGCAACAUGCUGCGACAGAAAUCUUGAAAGAGAAGCAACUGAAAGACCCUAUGAGCAUGGACCAAGUAUCACAAACGAUGUUACAGAUAUCGGAGCAGUUCAUGAGUCUGUGUGAAGGCAACUCAUGGAUAAAUUUCCUUGUACCUGAAAACGCCAAUCGGUAUGCACAAUUGAUGGCUGUGUCGAGCAGCGGCUUUGAUGACUCAUCUCUUCUAAUGGAUGUUGGAAAGCUUGACCAGCUAAUGACUGAGACACGCAUAGUGUUGGCAAGCGACGAUUUCAGAAAUAUCAUGGACAUGUCAUUGAGGAAGGUAGCUGAUUUGGUGAUAGAGGACUUGCGUGCACAGGUUGGAGCCGCGCUUCCACCAUCGGGACUGCCCUUGGCAAAGCUCUUGGCUAGAGUGGCUCAACUGAGCUCAAUGCUGCUCGAGGAACCAAGCAAGAACAAGCACAUCCAGACCAUCCGAAGCAUGCCUGAGGUGGGACUCUUCUACACAUUCCUCUACGCGAACAUGCCGCCACAAACAUGAGUUUUCAUUGAUGUGGAAAGGAGUAUGUUUCUUCCGAAUUUUUGGCCCGAAACCUCCAAAGGAUCUAGUGGUUUCUUUGUAUGAAAACUCGAUCAUUCUGGAUUCUGGAAAGUGAUACCGGUGGAGAAUGUUCGUUCGUGAAAAAUAUACGUGUGGAGAGGAGGCUGAGUUUGUGUCCUGUAUAUGCUGAAGAUAUGCUCUUGUUAUGUUUCAGGAAACAAGAGUCUUUUCCCUUUUUACUUUGGUCUUCGUUAAAUACUUGUUCUUUCUUUAUCUAGUUAGAAUUCGACAGGCAGUUUCUGCCAUCUCGUUUACAUAUUUUGGUAGCAUGUGUGAUGGAAUUUGUGUACCUCAUGAAUGUUCAACUCUACAAAUUGAUUCAUGCCAUUCCACCAUUUGUUUAUGGUCCCAAUUCAUAAA